UCAUUAUUAUCAUCAAUAUCAUCAUCAUCAAUUCUGCAAGCACCAUAGUCGCCAACGUUUCAAGUUUUCAUCGUCGUCUUCAUAAUCAUCACCAUAAUCGUAAUCAUCACAAGUAUCACCAUCGUUACCGUUUUCAUCCUCUUUAAGGUUAUUUUCAUCACCGCCAUUAUUGCUAUAUGACAUUACCGUCCAUCAGUCGACGUUUUCCACUUUUUUACCUUGGUGUUAUAAGAGUCAUAUUUCUGGACUAUUGUCUUAUUUCGUACUUCGGUUGUUAUAACAAACGCGGAGGUAAUAAUAUUUUCACUAUUUGUUGAUUCAUGAUUGUUUUAUUUUUGUAUUUCAGAGUGAGCUGGAUAAAGACGAUUUCAACACGUGCACCAGGAUCUUUGUUCUUUGUCGCAGCCUUGAUCCUAAUAUGUCUCUUCGUUCCAAGCUUUAAAAUGCAAACAUACGUACAUAGUAGUCUUACAAGUUUAUUAAAAUCUAACCUUACCAGCAACAUCAGACAAAGCAUACAUGUACCAGAUGGAACCUUAGACAAUACCAGAGCUGGCAAACGAGCGUCUAAAGUUAAUCGUGAUUUGACAGAGAGGGGAAGACGGAAGUUCAAAAUGUUAGGUCGGAAGGACAUGUUGGCAAUAAACCGGAAGUGCUCACAUAGGAUGCCAAACGCUAUCAUUAUUGGUGUAAUGAAGGCAGGGACGGAAGCUUUUUCAACAUUUCUCACUAUAAAUCCCCAAGUCGCAAUGUCUUUAAACGUUCGAUCGACGUUGUUCUUUUCGUCGAGGUAUUCUAAGAGCUUAAAAUGGUACAAACAGCAGAUGACGUGCAGUACAUCAAAUCAGACGACAAUAGAAAAGGCGCCACAAUAUUUUCCAAACUCAUUGGCUCCAAAACGUAUUCAUAGCAUGAAUAAAAACAUCAAGCUUAUUCUCUUAGUCCGAAAUCCCAUUGACAGGGCCGUUUCACAUUUUCUACAGAUGAAAAAUUCCCAUCCAAAACGAUUGCGAGGUAAAAAUUUUGAGGAUGUUGUAUUCACACGCGGUGGUCCUGUUAAUCCCUACAGUGUGUUUAUUCGAUUUUCUAAAUAUAGUAGCAUUCUAAGAAACUGGUUGAGGUAUUUUAAAUUAUCCCAGAUACUAAUUUUAGACAGUGACCAGUUUGUGAAGAAACCAAUGCAAGCUUUAGCCAAAACAGAAUCUUUCCUUGGAAUACAGCACUAUAUAACAAAAGACAAAUUUGUAUUUGAUAAACAGAAGGGGUUUCCUUGCUUAAACGUGACCGGAAUCCCUAAAUGCCUGGGUUCCGGAAAAGGAAGAGAGCAUCCGAAGUUACGGAACACAGAUUAUUACAAAUUGAAGGCUCAUUUUAGACGAUAUAAUGAAGAAUUUUUCCGGAUGACAAAGAAGAGAUAUACCUGGUGAUCUGUGCUAUUUAUAGUGUCUCGUUUUCACGAUUUUGUAUUAUUGUAUUUUUAAAAAAUAAAACAUAAUUCAUUAAUUA